UUGGGGAACGUUGGACCACAUUGUGACCCGGUGCUUCAGUCACCUGUUUUUAGCACCAUUUUUGCAGAAGAGAGAGAAACUCGAGGAGAGAGAAAGUCCCAAAUAAAUAAAAGGCAAGAAAGAAGAGAGAGAAAGGACCAGAUGAUCAAAAUGGAGAAAUGAAAUUAAGAAAAAUCCUCAACUCUUUUUCUCUCUCUUUCUCUCUAUUCUUCUGAGCAGCACAGUCUUGGAAAGUAGCGCCGCUCUUUUUCCAUGAUUGAUCGCAGGCUUCAGAACUUGCCAUGCGGCCGCCGCUAAUCAGCAACCAAAGAAAGCAAUAGUCUUUCUCUCUCCUCUUUCUGCACACGUUCAGAGCCGAAAACGAUUUCCACAACUCUGCAGGUGCUUUUACUCUUCCAUUAAAGGAUCAUGGGAAUUGGAUAUGUUCUGAUAAAUUGAAAGUAUCCUUCUUCUAUCUCUCUUGCUUGUGUGGGUUGUAUGUUCUUCACCUGCUUUUACUUAUUUAUUGCUGCUUGACCUGUCUCAAACCUUAUUGUCACCUUCCUCGAGAAUUGCCUGCCGAUGUUUCUUUGCGAUCAUAUAUAAAACCUGCAUAUUUCGUUUUAAUGGUGAACAAGAGACUGAUCUGAGCUCUAUUUUGAGUGUUGGAUCGUUUUGAUGAAAUGGGUUUGCAGUGAAUGGUUUGAUAUGGGUAUGGAAGAUAGUGUAUUGCUUGAUCGAAGGUCAUUGAGUUUAAGGUCUCUCCCUUCUGAGUUUCAACAAGGCAUGGAGUUUCGGUCCCUUGACCACCACCACCAUCAUCAGCAGCAGCAACAACAUAGCCAUCUCCACCAUCAUCAGCAUCCUCAACAAGCUCUGGUAUUCGAUGGGGUCGAAACCCUAGAAACAUCGCAGAUGAUUAACCAUGACAUCUUCAACCUUGAACUAUUAGGAUUUCAAUCGAAGAACAAUCCAUCCAGAGUCACUGGUGUUUCAAUGGAUGGUCUUUCUACUGAUAUGCUUCAACAGUUGGAUCACCCACAGUCAAAUCAAAGCCCCAUUGGAGAAAACCAAUUUAUAUUGCAAAACAGGUUCCUGGAUUCUCAAAGCAAUGCUUCCAACAUUUGGCCUACUCUCUCUCUGUCAUCUGAGAAACCCAUGCUCGAAAUUAAGAAUUCAAGGUACUUAGUUCCUGCUCAAAAACUUCUCUAUGAGUUCUGUAACCUUGGAUCGAAGAGAGAUAAGAGCAUGCGGUCAAUCAAUGGUCGGAGUCACGGUGUUUCAACAAGCGCGAAUAUGGAGCCCGCUCCGUCUGUGUAUUCUUCAGACCUUUUCGAGCUCCAAAAGCGCAAGGUCAAGUUGGUCUCCAUGCUCGAUGAGGUUGAUAAGAGAUACAAGCAAUAUUGUGAAAGAAUGAGAAGCGUGGCGUCUUCAUUUGAGGCGGUGGCGGGAGCGGGUGCGGCUCAUGUGUAUCUGGGGAUGGCGUCCAGGGCCAUGUCGAGGCACUUCAGGUGCCUGAGGGAUGGGAUAGUGGCUCAGUUGAGGGCAACGAGGGUGGCUCUUGGGGAGAAGGAGGCUGCUGUAAUGGUGUCUCUGAAUGGCGCGACGAGGGGGGAGACGCCGAGCUUGAAGCUGGUGGAUCAGAGACUGAGGCGGCAAAGGGCGUUGCAGCAGAUGGGGAUGAUGGAGGCCCACCCCUGGAGGCCGCAAAGAGGCCUGCCUGAGCGCUCCGUCUCCCUUCUUCGGGCCUGGCUCUUCGAGCACUUUCUUCACCCUUACCCGAGUGACGUCGACAAGCAUAUUCUGGCAAGGCAGACUGGACUCUCAAGAAGCCAGGUGUCCAAUUGGUUCAUAAAUGCAAGAGUUAGACUAUGGAAGCCCAUGGUGGAGGAAAUGUACCUUGAAGAAGCCAAAGAAGACAUAGAAGACAGACAAAACCCUAACCCUAAUUCCAACAGCCCCUUCAUGCCAUCUGAACCCAACGCAACCGCACAAGAUCGAGACUCAGAAUCCCUAUCCUCCAUUGUCAUCUCCGACACAAAAGACCAAGUCGCCAGAAACCUUCCCGAAUUGGGCUUCCCAUAUGCAGAAGACGACAAUUCCAGCCAAAGGCACUUCUCCGGCAUGUUUCCCAGUGAGGACUCUGGCCAAAGGCAAUUUUCCGGCAACUACACCGAAGAGAGUUCAGUACAGUUGCAAUUUUCGGGCAAUUAUUCCGAUGAGAAUUCGACACACAGACAGAUUUCUAUGAGUGGGGAGGGUGUUUCGCUAACGUUGGGAUUACAGCAAGGUGGGGCGAUGAACUUCGGCUUUUCGUCAAAUCCGCAAAACCCUCUCUUGUUCUUGGAGGGGGAGGACCAUGGGACUGGGUUUGGGUCCCAAAUGGGAGGGUACAGGAACCUAGUGGGUGGACACUUGAUGAGGGACUAUGUGGGUUAGGGCUCGAAAGGGAGCGGGUGGGAUUUGGGGGCGUAUUUUGGUUUGUAAUGGUGCAAGUAGGUGUGUACGUGUAUAUCCUCACUGUAGUUUUCAGUUAAGAAGAUGGACGGUCGAGAUCCGGUUGGCUGCCCUGGAGGAAGGGGUCUUAACCGUUGGAUUUGGAGGAGGAGAAAGGGAGGGCCGCUAUCAUUCCUUUUUCCUUUGGCCAUUAGACCUGCUAUUUACCUGUUAUAUUUUAUACUGUACAUUUUGAAAUGACGUAAAACAAGAAAUUCUCUCUCUUAAAUUUAGAUACGAUAACCGACAUAUAUGUAUAUUGCACGAGGUUUUUUCCAA